GGCGAGCAAGCGAGCGAGGGGAGGAGAGAGGGAGGGAGGAAGGGAGGGAGGCAGGCAAGCAGAGAGGCAGACAGACAGGCAGGCAGGCAGACAUGAGCGAAGAAAAGGAGGAGGAGGAGGAGCGCAGGGGAAGCUGAAGGGAAGCGCAGCGCCAGGAAGAGCUUUUCUUUGCCGCUGCUCCGUUGCGUUAGUGCUGCUGCUGCUGCCCCGGGAAGGACGAAGUGGAAGCUUCUUCUUCUUCUUCUUCUUCUUCUUGUGCUGGCUGGGCGAGAGGCGGAGGAGGUGGUGCAGGAGGGAGGGAGGGCAGUGCGCUGCCUGGCUGGAGAAGUCGAGGCGAGGCCGAAUCGAACCCCCCUGGGGAUUACGGUGCUUAUUCAUGGCCUCGCAGCGCCGGAGGUCGGGGAUUGAGAUGACAGGCGUGUAGAACAGGUGAUUGAUUAGCUCUCCGGCGAUGGGUUUUUUUCAUGUGUUCGGUGCGCCUCGAGCCUCUUUAGGGUAGGCAAUCCGCGCUGGGGUAGCGCUAGAGUCGCCGGCGAGAGGGUUGGGUGGUGGUUGGUUGAGAUGUUUCCCGGACUGGAACGAUAACCAACGAUCGAUUGAUCGGCGAGAGCGACGCUAGGCCAGGGCUCGAGAGGAAAGGCAAGGUAUUAUUUACUUGUGGUUGGAUACGUUGCAGACCGCAGACGGAGCUUGAAAAUACUUGAGUUUCUGUGUAUCCUGUUUGGGGAAAGACGGGCGAAACCGGCUGGGUAGGCACGUGAGGUGUGACCGCUCACCUCAUUUGGGAGGCAGCGUCCGGGUCUGCGAGAAUUUCAGAUCCAGGGGCGGUUACGGUUUUGUGAAUUUGUUUAGAUUCUUUCUGUGUGAUUUGCGGUCAGCUCUUGGAAUAGUAGAGCUUGCGCUUAGAAUUUCGAGGCCUCUCGUCCUAUCGGUCGCUGGCAGGAUUCGGUUUCAAGCUGGGUGUGGUUCUCAUAUCUGAGUGCACCGCCUCGGUUAGUUGUGAAAGACCUACCGCAGCCUCCCACUCUUGAAGAGGAAUUGGACCAACCUGGCACCAGAUCUUCGUUCCGUCAUUGUUCUUGGCUGCACAACCGCUGAUUCCUGCGAGGAUUCGGGAUCUGUGACGGAGUAUAGCCGCCUGAUCAUCCUGGGUUCUUCACGGUUUCUCGAAGACUAGAGUCUGCAAAAGGGCACGAUGUAUUCGUGAGCAAUGUCCUUCUCUGGGGAUAAACUUGAAUGUCUUUCAAGGCUGAAAGUGUCGACACUUACAGCAGUAGGAGAUAGGUUCCUGCCGAGGGACCAAAGAUUCUCGCCAGGACCAAAGAUUCUCGCCAAGAGAUUCGGAGUGGAACUUUGACUCUAAAUAUCGGGGUUCCACAGCCAUUCCCAGUUGGAGCUUUUGGAGCGAAAGGAAAGUAACAGCUGAAGCAGUUUAGACUGUUGGAAGCCGUUCAGAGCUAGAUAUGCACACUAGGAACAGAGGAUGGUUGCUUUAGUGGAUUCUUUGAUAAUGGGAAUUUGUACGGUGGACCUGAGGUGAACAAGUGUCUUGCACUUUGUUCCCUCUUCCUCUGGCUGGCGAUUUGCAUCAGGAGCCGAAUUCACCUUGUAUAGGGCAAACAGGAGUAAAUCUUGUGUACAGAUCACGCUACCGUGAAUCUCAAGCAGUUGGUGCUUACCCACUCAUAGUAAUAAGUGGAACUGAGGAACAUGGCGGGGGAGGAUUUAGUGGAGCUUAAGUUUCGUCUUUAUGAUGGCACAGACAUAGGUCCCAACAAAUAUGCCCCCGCCACCACCGUCUCCACUCUGAAAGAGAGCAUUCUCGCUCAAUGGCCUUCAGAGAAAGAAAAUGGUCCAAAAACAAUAAACGAUAUGAAGUUAAUUAAUGCUGGGAAAGUGCUGGAGAAUAACAAGACUCUUGCCGAAUCAAGAGUACCGGUUGGCGAGCUGCCGGGUGGGGUUAUAACGAUGCAUGUGGUUGUGCGACCCCCUUCUUCGGAUAAAGCUAGUGAAAAGCAGCCAUCGGACUCACCGAAGAGUAACAAAUGUGCAUGCACUAUUCUCUAGCUCUGUAAUUCUGCAACCGUCACCAUCACAAAAUGGAUGGAAGUGAUAAAAGGCUUGUCUAUCAGCAACAGCAAACAUCAUUGAUGCCAUCCUUGUUAAGCAGGGCUUCAAGUGGAAGAUGUUACCCAGCAUUCCUUCAAGGGCUGGGUGGGUCUGUUAGUUUAUUUGUUUUAAAUCUUCUAGAGAGCAAUUCAUUCUUGGUAAAAGAGGAACUAGAACUGCAAUGGAUUUAACAGGCAGAUCUUGGGGUGCAAGCAAUCGGCUCAGAGCAGAGUUCAAAUGCCAAAAAGUUGCUGAGAGGGUGAUUGUCUGGACCUUUUAGGGGUCAUUUAUGUGGACACUUGUGAGGAGGCCCCGUUCUAAAGAGCCCCUCCCGGGUUUUUCGGCACUAACGUGCCUGCAGUGGGAUGGCGUCCACAUUUAAGGAGGUUUGACCAACAAUCUAACCUUCACUUGCCCAUUACUUCCCUCCGAUGAUCUACCUACACUUCUGUCAUCGAGAAUCAGGUGGAAUGAUUCAUUAUAUGGUUUCUUUGUCUGGAUAUGGAAAGGCAAUGUGUAUUUAAAUGUCUUCCAUCAUUAAGUCCGAUGUAGGAGGAUGUAUGUGUGUAUUGUAAGGGCAGAGUCCCACGGUUGCUUGAAAGGUUGCCAGGCUAGGCUUCAUAGCUGGUGUUAAAGGUCUUGGUAUAAUCUAUGGCCUGCAGGAAUUAUGAGUAGAACAGGAAAGGGUUUUCAUAGGUGUUAGAAAUUACAGACGCAUCAUUGGUUUAUACCUGCAAAUUUUACGCAGAUCUCUAAUUGUUGUCUUUAGUGGAGUACAUGAUUAUAAUUGUUGAUCACGCCGAGUAAAGCUCCCGUUGUGCCAGUCCAGCGCAUGAUGUCGUAUUUUUUUCUGGGUGAUGGCAAAUGCAUGUGGUAGAGUACCCGAGAGUGUAUCAUGGUUACUUGUGUGAUCAUAUCCAAGCCUUUUCUGGCUAUGUGUUCGGGCUGAGAUUCUGACACAGGCGUUUCAUUACCCUGCGGUCAUGACAGGUAUGUGGAUGCCUUUCGUGUGCAUAUCGCGUUCUGAUCACGCUGCUAACGGACUCGGGCAUUCAUCUGAAGUGGCUGUGCUCGUUACUCGCACAAAAGGGCCGAAACGAGCUACUUGAGAUAAAUAUGGGGCUGUCCUGUGCCUUAAUAGUUGUUCUCUGGUGUUAUAUAUGCUGUGAGCUGUGGAGAGAGAAGUUCAUAAAAUCUGACACCAAAUCGUGCAAAUGAUUCAGUGAUUCACAUUGAGCGUUUUUUCAAACGUUAAUCACAUGUUUCCUCCGACUGUUUAGGGCAAAGUCGAUUUGAAUAGUGCUGCGAAUACUGUUUCAGGCCACAGUCAGGGCCGAGUCAGAGUUCCAAUGUCUCCUACUGACAUAGUCUUUGCUCGGAUAAACGUGUAAAACUGCGAUAGUCUUGUCUGAGUACGUUCGCUGUAGGCAUUGAUAACUGGUACUGGUGUUUCUGAGUGACAGGAUGGUGCAGUAUAUCCUGCCGAUACUUACCUCACAAGCAAUUGACUUCGGGACAGUUUGAAUAUAAUAUCUAAUGAAUGAGUCUUUCAUCUUUCUUCGUUUUUGAUUUUACCUUCAAUCGAACGUAGGAAAACGCGACCCCCCUGCCUAGUGAAACCUUCUCCGUUGGUGUCUGCGAAGCCAGAAUAAUGGUGCUUGCAUGUUGAAUUACAAGCAUAUGGAGGAAAAUUGAGGAUGAGCAGGUACGUUCACAAACUACGAUCAUCAAGUCACGUUAAACAUGCUGGGCCCUUUGUUGGAUUUGAGAAUCUGAUACCUUUCCAUCUGCCUCUUCUGACAUUAGUUUCCUCUUGAGGCUUUUUUACUAUUCCGCC